AUGAAAGCGACAGUGAUCAAGCUGCUGCUGGUUAUGGUUGCCUUCGGCACGUGCCGGAUGGCUCCGUUCAAGGGUACGCGCACUUACAACCUCGAAACGGACGCAGAUCGGUACGGACGCUACGAGCGAGUCUUGCUCGGUAUCAAAACAUCCGAAGGACUGCGACUGGAACCGAGCCUGCUGGAGGAGAUACGGCAGGUGCUGCUGGAUGAGGAACGGCAGCAAGCAUCCGGUCAGGAAGCCACGCCAGUCAACGUGCAUCUCUACAAACCACUUCAAUCGCGCCAUAUCGCUCAAUUGCUUUACCGGGCGCGACACAACACAUCGCCGCCGACAUACCGGCGGACUCGAUAG